AUGACGACGUUGAUCACGUGUAUGCUCAGCGUACUGGGUGUAUUGGUAUGUGCAAUCGCCCGCACUAUACACCCUCCUUCGGAUCUGAUCAUUGCUGUUCCCCCGCGCAUACCCUUUAACGCGCCAUUUCAAUGGGGUUACUCGUUUAAUGAUACAAACAGCCAACUCUUCCGUUUCGAUUACACUCUUGCGCGGCUAAUCGCCCCGUCGGGCGAAUCCUCGUCCCAGCAGCCCAAUGGGACACUUGCGCGGAUGUUCCCCGACAACAUUGACAAAAAGAGCACGCCGUAUGAAUUCAAGUUGCCAGAAGGCACGCAGAGUCAUUCGUCGUAUGGGAAGAGACGUGCAGAGCGAGGGGAGCACACCAUGCACACCAUGCACACCAUGCACACCAUGCAAGCGCGUUCGAGCAACAUCUAUACCAUAGACAAACAAGCAAUCAACACCACCACCCCGCUCUGUUUAACCACGACCAACACAUCCACACCGAGCUACUACGAAUGGCACAACGCCACUGAACCUGGCCAUUGGACUGUGGAAGUGCAGUCGAUCCUCCUCUAUGGCAGCAAUGGCUAUGAAGAGAAAGGGAAUGAGACGUGCAUCUCACCACCCUUCGCGUAUGAACGCGUGCACUCCGAGGCUCAAUUUUCAGUGUCGACACUCGAUGUUGAACAAGUGGAAAAGGAGAGCGAGACUGGGGAUGGUGGCACUGCUUCCAUCACCACUACCACUACCACAUCCACGUAUUCCCCACAGACUAGCGCUUCAGCUACGCUCGUGCACACUUCCUUCUCUCCCUCGCCUACAGGUAACAUACUUGUAUCGGGGUAUGACAGAGAUGCAGCCGCGUCACAGAAUCUCACUCUCACUCUCACUCUCCUCUCACUCUCCUUUGUUAUCUUAUAUCUCUUGUAA